UUUACGCUAAGUUAUGCUCAUCACUAGGGAUCGCAGAACCGAGGCAUUUGAAGUUGACGAAGUGAAUUGUACAAACUCACUGGAAAAUGUCCAACAAGGAGAGUGAAGUAGUUUGUGUGACCGGAGGCAGCGGCUGCAUUGGCUCCUGGCUAGUGCGCCUCCUUCUUGACCGCCGUUAUGUCGUCCACGCCACCGUCAGAAAUAUCAACGAUGAAAAAGAAACUGAGCAUCUAAAAGCCUUGGAAGGAGCUGGCACGCGGCUUCGUCUCUUCCAGAUCGAUCUUCUUGACUAUGACUCAAUCGUCGCCGCAGUUAACGGUUGUGUUGGUGUCUUCCACCUCGCUUCUCCCUGCAUCGUUGAUCAAGUCCUAGAUCCUGAGAAAGAACUUUUGGAUCCUGCAAUUAAAGGAACAGUGAAUGUACUCACGGCAGCCAAGGCGGUGGGAGUCAAGCGCGUGGUGGUUACUUCAUCGAUUUCAGCUAUCACGCCAAGUCCUAAAUGGCCAGCUGAUACAGUAAAGGCGGAAGAUUGUUGGACAGAUGUUGAGUACUGUAAGCUCAAAGAAUUGUGGUAUCCGCUUUCAAAAACAUUAGCUGAGAAAGCGGCAUGGGAUUUUGCAAAAGAGAAUGGGUUAGAUGUUGUGGUCGUGAAUCCUGGAACUGUGAUGGGCCCUGUUAUUCCACCCACACUUAAUGCUAGUAUGAUCAUGCUUGUACGCCUUCUCCAGGGUUGCACUGAGACAUACGAGAACUUUUUCAUGGGAUCAGUUCACUUUAAAGAUGUCGCCUUGGCACAUAUUUUGGUUUAUGAGAACCCAUCAGCAUCUGGAAGGCACUUGUGUGUUGAAGCUAUAUCUCAUUAUGGAGACUUUGUGGCCAAGGUUGCAGAGCUUUAUCCUGAGUAUAAUGUGCCCAGUUUGCCAAAGGAUACCCAACCAGGCUUGUUGAGAACCAAGGAUGGAGCAAAAAAGCUGAUCGACUUGGGUAUGCAAUUCAUUCCCAUGGAGCAAAUUAUCACAGAUGCUGUUGAGAGUUUAAAGAGCAAGGGAUUUAUAUCUUAAAUGAAGUUACCCUAUCGCAGUGUAUAAUAUAUGUAUCUUUCCUGAAGUGAUGAGUGGUGAGGGCAUGUAUGAAUAAUUUUUGUUACUGUUUUAUGGCUCUGUAACUUGUAACUGCUAUCUUAUUGUACUAAAAGUUAAACAGUCAUUAUGAGGAACAUAUUUUAGUAGUUA